UACAGCUGAAAAGAUGUUUAAAAGGGGUUUGUAUUCAGAGCUGAGAGGAAAGUGUGAACUGAGCAUGUCCACACAGGAGGAGCUGCAGCGGGUUGAUGGAUGUGAGCCAGUAAAGACGCUAAAGCUAACAGCUCGGGAGAUUGUGUAGAGUAGAAACAUACAUCAUGCCGCUUACCUGCAUUGUUUAUAAAACUCUUCAGUGACACUGAUGUUCGGGGAAACGGGAAAAUGUGUGUGUGAGAAACGCUUACUAUGGAUUAUGAAAUGGUGGUGAAUAUUCUCUCAGGAAACAGGAUUCUCUGGACUUUUCUCCCCCUACUGUGCUGUUUACUGUGUGCAGCUGGAGACGAGACGGUCACACUGCAGGAAGUGGAAGGAACCACUAUAACUCUCCAUACUGGGAUAACUGGAAUUCAGAGUGAUGCUCAGAUUCUGUGGUUUUAUGGACCUGAGAAAGCAGAGGAAAAGAUAUUGUUUAGGCAGGUGUUUAAAGGAGAAACUGUUACAGAAAUCAGUGAGAGAUUUAAAGAGCGACUGCAGCUGGACAGAAUCAGUGGAGCUUUAACCAUCAGGAACAUCAGCAGAAACCAUUCUGGAGUUUAUUUAUUACAGGUCAUCACUGGACGCACCUCAUCUAGGACUUUCAGUGUCAGAGUUUAUGCUCCAGUAUCGACUCCAGUAAUAAUAAAAAGAGAAAAUCGAAGUGUGGUUUCCACAGAGGCGUGUUCCCUCCUGUGCACUGUGGAGAAUGGAGAAGAUGUGAAGUUAUCCUGGUACAGAGAGAACGAGAGAAUCUCCAUCACCAAUAACACAGAUCUCAGUGUUCCCCUCAAUCUCUCACUUCAAAUACAACACCAUGAUAAUAACACGAACACUUAUAUCUGUGUGUCUGCAAACCCUGUCAGUAAUAAAUCAUCUUCUCUCAACAUCACACAGCUCUGUGAUCAUCACUCAGGACAAACUGAUCGUUCCCGUUCACUGCUUCCUGUCCUGAUAUCUGCUGGAGGUUUUGUGUUAUUAAUAAUAUCUGUAACGUUGUGGAUUUGGCUGAAAAAGAAAAGGCAGCAAGUUUCUGAGAAACCUGAUGUGACUUACGCUGAUGUGAAUGUUACAGCUCACAGUGCAGAGAGAGUUAAAGAGGAAGAAAAACCCAGAAUAAUGCAGGUUGAAGCGGAGACUGAUCCAGUGGUGUAUGCAGAUGUGAGGAGAUAAGUCAACAUCUGUAUAUCCUUUUUAUUAUUUUAAUGAGUUUUAUUUUUUAAUUGAACAUACUUCUGUUCACAAUUGGUCAUAAAUGUUCAGUGUUUGUGUUACAUAAACCAUUUACACAUUUACAGUGUGUACAUCCUGUACAGUAAGCGUUAAAGUGUGAACUUGGUAAUGUUUGAUAUUAUUUAGAGAUCAUUUCAGCCUAGAGUUUGAUGGGAUUAUAGGAAGUCGAUUUCAGAGUCUAUUAACUGAGUUCUGUCUGAAUUAGUAUUCCUGCUUGUGUUUGUCUCGUCAUAAACAUAUUUAUAAACUGAUUAAUCCCUGAGAAAUCCUGCAGGGGUUAGGGCGUGGCUUCAGGCAUCAGUGUCUAAUAUUUGAAUAUUUGCAUGCUCUGACUAGCAACAUUAAAGUUAGCAAAGACCCAAGUGUCAGAAAGUUAAGGUAAAAAACGAGCUUCAGCGAAUCAGCAGCUUUCAGUGUUUACACUUCUCACAUUACAGCCGUAUUGUUCAGAUCAGAUAUCAGACAUCAGAUCAGACACAGGAUACACAGCUCUGUGUUAGACGUGUGUGUGGGACUGGUUUCUCAAUCCAACCCCCACCAGCUCCUGAAGGAAUUCUGACUAAACCCCACCCAUAACACCAGACUGUUAAAGCUCCAGACUGAGAGAGAGACAGAUCUAGAAGACGGUGUUAAAGGUGUUAGUCCGUGUUGUUUAUUUGCUCAUCAAAUGAACUCGUUCCUGAAAAACCUGAUAAUCUGGUCUUCUUCCUGGAACACGGCUCGUUCUGGCUUAGUGUCGCUCUAACAAACACAACGUCACAGCAGUCAGGGACAGAAAAUAUAAGAUGUAGGAGAGACGUUUGCCGAAUUUAUUUUUUAUUAUUUUUUUAUUAAAAUAAAAAUGUAAAUAUGUAAAUUCCCCUUUUGUUAUUUUGGCUUUAUGUCUAUUAAAACGCUGAGCUUCUACACAAUUUGGGGAUUUUUAAUUACAUUACAUUUUUUAUUAACAACAAAUUAAUGCUAAACUUGUAAAGUUUAAAGGUUGUAAAGUUUUUCCUCAUUAAAUGACUGUAAGUCCA